CUUUCUUUUGCAGUGGAGAUGGCCGCACACAAUAUUUGUCCUCUAUCGACUAGCUCUAGCCUUAUAUACAUUAGGCGGCUUUGCGAAUCAUUAUGCUGUGAUGAUUUCUCUGGAUAUAUCGCAUAACCCAAUGGUAUAUUUGACAUCAUGGAGCUAUUUGAUGUUGGCAUUACAUUGCAGCGUGGCAGCAGUUGUGACUACGUAUAGCUACUACGUAAUUUACAAAAUUACACGUCUGAAUACCUCUAAUAAAACUGUACUAAAAUGUAUUUCUCCUUUGACAACACAAAAAACUAAGGAAAACGGUCAUAUUGCAGAUGCUAUGAAUAACUGUGUUAAUUACUCGGAGAAUGAUGCCCUUCCGGCUCGGAACAAUGAAAGCGAAUAUCAGAACCAGGAUGAGGAAAAUUUCAUGAAGACUUCAAAAUCAUCAGAGCCAAUUGCAGUGCAACAUCUUUGCGUUGACGCCCAUCAUUCGAUUGAAACUUGCAAAGGGACAACGUUCGGGUGUUCACUACCGGGUGCACACCAAUCAAACAUGGUUUGGCGGGUAGACGUAACAGGAGCCAAGACAAUAUGUGUCAAAAAUCUCGACAAAAUCUGUUGGUUUAUGAAAUUAACAUGGCUGCUUUUUGACAUAGCAUCUGUUGCGGCCAUCAUGGUUAGUUGCAUUUAUUUCAUCACCAUCUUCCCACAAAAUCAUUCCCACGGAGAAUCGGUUACAUUUCAGGAUCUCAACACGCAUGCAUUCAACUCACUAAUCGUAAUAUUUGAACUUGCUAUUACCGCAUAUCCAAUACGUCUACUACACGUACUCUAUCCUUUUCUAUUUGGUAUCGUGUAUAUCAUAUUUAACGUUAUAUAUUGGACACAGGACCGAGUAAAAAACGUUUUAUAUUCUGAUAUCUUGGACUGGAACCUCCCUGAGAAAGCAGUUCUACUGAUAACGGUCUUAUUAUUUGUUUUGGUACCAGUUCAACAGUGUUUUCAUUUUCUUGUGUACAAACUUCGUCUUUACAUAUAUUUCAGAAUCUAUAAACAACAUUAUAACUCUUGAGGAAGCAAGUAACAGCAGUACUCACACACACACACACACACAGCACACACACACACACACCACACACACACACACACACACACACACACACCACACACACACACACACACACACUAUAUAUAUAUAUAUAUAUAUAUAUGUAUAAGCUGGUAUGCGUGUGAUAUGUGUGUAUUUGUUCCAAUAUAACCUCGAAAGAAUUGACAAUAAGAAAUGUGCAAGGAACACAAGAAAGAGAGAGAGAGAGAGAGGGAAAAUGUUUGAACUAGAGAAACGAGAAAAUAUGCAAAGAAAGGACAUGGAGUAUGUGACGAUGAGUGUUAGACAAUAUUUGUGAUAUCAGAGAUUUAAUGUCAAUAUAACUGUUCUGUGGUGUGUGUGCAUGCAUGCAUGUGCGUUUAUGAGGGAACGUAAAAUAUCCACCCACACCAAACACACACUCAUAAACAUAUAUAUAUACAUAGCUUUUGUGCGUGUGUCUGUGUGUGUGUGUGUUUGUGUGUAUGUAUCUGUUUAUGUGCAAAUGUAUGUGUUUGAGCGCGUGCUUGUGUAUAUGUAUGGAUGUGAAAUCUGUGUUUAAAACUGGUAAAGAAGUCCAGUUAUGCUAUUAAGUAAAAAUAUGAAAUACAUAAUUAAAAAUUGAUAACUUUUUAUUGA